AUGGUUGGUCAGCAGAUGGUUGGUCAGCAGCUGGUUGGUCAGCAGCUGGUUGGUCAGCAGGAUGGAGACGGUUACAAUCUGCUCCUCUUCUAUACCUCUACCCCCAGUCCUCAGACCCCCAGUCCUCAGACCCCCAGUCCUCAGACCCCCAGUCUUCAGACCCCCAGUCCUCAGACCCCCAGUCCUCAGACCUCCGGUCCUCAGACCCCCAGUCCUCAGACCCCCAGUCUUCAGACCCCCAGUCCUCAGACCCCCAGUCCUCAGACCUCCGGUCCUCAGACCCCCAGUCCUCAGACCCCCAGUCCUCAGACCUCCGGUCCUCAGACCCCCAGUCCUCAGACCUCCGGUCCUCAGACCCCCAGUCCUCAGACCCCCGGUCCUCAGACCCUCAGUCCUCAGACCCCCAGUCCUCAGACCUCCGGUCCUCAGACCCCCAGUCCUCAGACCUCCGGUCCUCAGACCCUCAGUCCUCAGCCCCCCAGUCCUCAGACCCCCAGUCCUCAGACCCCCAGUCCUCAGACCCCCAGUCUUCAGACCCCCAGUCCUCAGACCCCCAGUCCUCAGACCUCCGGUCCUCAGACCCCCAGUCCUCAGACCCCCAGUCUUCAGACCCCCAGUCCUCAGACCCCCAGUCCUCAGACCUCCGGUCCUCAGACCCCCAGUCCUCAGACCCCCGGUCCUCAGACCUCCGGUCCUCAGACCCCCAGUCCUCAGACCCCCAGUCUUCAGACCCCCAGUCCUCAGACCCCCAGUCCUCAGACCUCCGGUCCUCAGACCCCCAGUCCUCAGACCCCCAGUCCUCAGACCCUCAGUCCUCAGACCCCCAGUCCUCAGACCUCCGGUCCUCAGACCCCCAGUCCUCAGACCCCCAGUCCUCAGACCUCCGGUCCUCAGACCCCCAGUCCUCAGACCCCCGGUCCUCAGACCCUCAGUCCUCAGACCCCCAGUCCUCAGACCUCCGGUCCUCAGACCCCCAGUCCUCAGACCUCCGGUCCUCAGACCCUCAGUCCUCAGCCCCCCAGUCCUCAGACCCCCAGUCCUCAGACCCCCAGUCCUGAGACCCUCAGUCCUCAGACCCUCAGUCCUCAGACCCCCAGUCCUGAGACCCUCAGUCCUCAGACCCCCAGUCCUGAGACCCUCAGUCCUCAGACCCUCAGUCCUGAGACCCCCAGUCCUCAGCCCCCCAGUCUUCAGACCUCCGGUCCUCAGAUCCCCAGUCCUCAGACCCUCAGUCCUCAGACCCCCAGUCUUCAGACCCUCAGUCCUGAGACCCUCAGUCCUGAGACCCUCAGUCCUCAGCCCCUCAGUCCUCAGACCCUCAGUCCUGAGACCCUCAGUCCUGAGACCCCCAGUCCUCAGACCCUCAGUCCCUCAGUCCUCAGACCCUCAGUCCUCAGACCCUCAGUCCUCAGACCCCAGUCCUCAGACCCCCAGUCCUCAGUCCUCAGACCCCCAGUCCUCAGACCCCCAGUCUUCAGCCCCCCAGUCCUCAGACCCUCAGUCCUCAGACCCCCAGUCUUCAGACCCUCAGUCCUCAGACCCUCAGUCCUCAGACCCCCAGUCCUCAGCCCCUCAGUCCUCAGACCCCCAGUCUUCAGCCCCCCAGUCCUCAGACCCUCAGUCCUGAGACCCUCAGUCCUCAGACCCUCAGUCCUCAGACCCCCAGUCCUCAGACCCCCAGUCUUCAGACCUUUGGUCCUUACCGUACAACUACCGUGUGACCUGUGUGAUGUCAUCAUCACCCACAAUCCCAUCAGCCUGGACAAGGUUUAA